AUGAACACGCUCCUGACGGUGUCUCUCUGCUUGUGUGCAUUGGCAGUUCUCUCGGAGGGGGUUACGGUCAGGGUGGCAGAGUAUUCAUUCCCCCUGCAGUCGGUGAAGAAGCUCAAGUAUCUUCCGAGAGCGCCCCCCACCAGAAUACGCAACGCCGUUAAUAUGUGCAACAACCCAAAUCUCCCCACAGAGUUUGAGUCGAUCUGUGUCAGACCUAAUUCACAACAACUUCUAAAACAAUUACAAGCCAUUGCCAGAGACUCUGAAGCCUGUGAGAUCUGUGCUAAUGUCGCUUGCUCUGGAUGCUGA